AUGGAAUCAGAUUUGAAGAAGACAUUGAAGUUGAAGAUCAGACAACCUAAUUUGAAGAGUUUAAGGGAUCUCAGUAGAAAGCUAAAAAAUAGCCAACGCCGAACUUUUGUUGUUAGAUUUGGAAAGCUUCUUAACCUAUUAGAAGUUACCGUGCAAGAAGGAGCUCUCACUGCUUUAGCUCAAUUCUACGACCCUCCUUUAAGAUGUUUCACCUUCCAAGAUUUCCAACUUGCUCCAACAAUUGAAGAAUUUGAACAAAUACUGGAUAUUCCUUUAGGGAACAAAAAGCCCUACCUAUAUAUGGGUCAUUAUCCUUCACUAGCUACAACUGCUGCAACCUUGGGGAUUGGAGUAAGGGAGUUAGCAAGUAAGAAAGAGAUGAAAGGAAGAGUUGAUGGUUUCUCAAGAGCCUACUUAGAAGGAUAUGCAUUAUGUAUGGCAGAAAAUGAAAAGUGGGAUGGUUUCAUGGAUGUGCUCGCACUCAUCAUUUAUGGGAUUGUUCUAUUCCCAAAUAUUGAAGACUUUGUUGACUUUGCUGCCAUUGAUGUUUUCUUGGCCUACAAGCAUGAGAGGAGAAGCCAUGUACCGGCCAUUCUUGCUGAUACAUACCACACACUUAAUUUACGCCAUGAAAGAAAAGGGGGGAUGAUUUUGUGUUGUUUGCCUACAUUAUACUUGUGGUUCAUGACUCACAUGUUCAAAAAAGGAAGACAGAUAGAGACUAUAAGCAAAAGCGAAUGGGCCCACAACAUAGCAAGUCUUAGCGAGAAGACCAUCGUGUGGUACACUUGUGAGCAAGACAUCAGUGAAGUGAUUUGCCAAUGUGGAGACUUCCCUAACGUACCACUGAUGGGAACCAAAGGGUGCAUAAACUACAAUCCAGCUCUUGUAAUAAGGCAAUUUGGUUAUCCAAUAAGGAGCCCACCUACAGAAGAGUCAAUCACUCCCUUCAUUGUCUAUGAAAUGAGUAAAUACUUGGAUAUGCUUAACAGGAUUAGACGUGCUUGGGAUCGAGUGAUUAAGAAAGGAAGAGAGUUGGGGAAAAGAAGUUACACUGUAGAGGGAAGUUAUCACCAAUGGCUUUGUGAGAGAGUGAAAAAGGUCAAGUUGCCAUUUCGUAGCUCGGUUCCAGUUAUUGAAGAAACAACAAUUCAAGAUCCCAUGAGUUUGGAGGAAAUUGAGGAACUCAAAAAAGAGCUGGAAAAGUCUAAAAACGAAAAAGAAGCAUUGAAGAAGGAAUUGAUACGGACUCGCCAAGAACAUAAAGCCUCACAAGAAGAAAUUACAAAAGUAAAGAAGUACGUUGAGUUAGCCAACAAACGAGCAAGAAUAGAAGAAGAAUGCAAGUUAAACACUCGAAGUUGUCUAGAGGCUGCUGAUACAGAGCUAAAAUUACGAAGAGGAGAGCGAGAUGAGGCUAGAGUUAAUAGUGAACGAUGGAGAGAGGCAUGGAAAAAGUCCAAGGAAGCUGAAAGAAGUGCACAAAGGCAACUUGAGGAUUUGAAACAACAAUUGAAAAGAGUUGUGGCUGAGUAUGAAAGUAGAGUCCAAGAUGAAAAACAACUAAAUGCCAAUCUUGUUUCGCAACAUCAAGCCAUGUUAAAUGCAAGAAAUCAACAUAUUAUGGAACUAGUAGAGGAAGUGGGGCAAUUGAGGAAUACUGUUUAA